CUGGCGAUGAACAACAAUCGCUGCAACUGGCCGCGUGGCAAAGUCAUGGGCGGCAGCUCCGUUCUGAAUUACAUGAUGUAUACGAGGGGCAAUCGCCGGGACUACGAUCGCUGGGAGGAACUGGGCAAUCCUGGCUGGGGCUGGAAGGAUGUGCUGCCGUACUUCAAGAAAUACGAGGGCAGCAGCGUACCCGAUGCCGAGGAGGAAUUUGUCGGACGCGAUGGCCCAGUGAAAAUUAGCUAUGUGAACUGGCGCUCCCAGAUUUCCAAGGCCUUUGUUGAGGCGGCGCAGCAGGAUGGCUUGAAAUACCGCGACUACAAUGGACGUAUUCAGAACGGUGUCGCCUUCCUGCACACGACCACACGCAACUCUACGCGCUGGAGCUCCAAUCGUUCGUACCUUUACCCCAUCAAGGGCAAACGCCCCAAUCUGCAUGUGAAGAAGAACGCGCUGGUGACCAAGGUGCUCAUCGAUCCGCAGACAAAGACCGCAUAUGGCAUCAUGGUGCAGACCGAUGGACGCAUGCAGAAGGUGUUGGCACGCAAGGAGGUGAUUGUCUCGGCGGGCGCCAUCAAUACGCCCCAGCUGCUGAUGCUCUCGGGUGUGGGGCCCGCCAAGCACCUGCGCGAGGUGGGCAUCAAGCCCAUUGCGGAUCUGGCUGUGGGCUACAAUCUUCAAGAUCAUACGGCGCCGGCGGUUACCUUUCGGUGCAAUGUCAGCUCGCUGAAGUUGGACAAAGUGCUAAACACCGACACGAUAGGCAGCUUUCUGCGUGGUGACGGUCCGCUGCGAAGUCCUGGCGGAGUGGAAGCUAUCUCUUUUUAUGCCCUGGAUGUCAAAGACGAUACCAAAGACUGGGCGGACAUGGAACUCUUCGUUACGGGCAGCGGCAUACAUUGGAAUCCGGCAUUGCGACGGGUCUUCGGCAUCCGGGCGGACGUCUAUGAAGCUGUCUUUGGCGAAAUGGAGCGCACCAAUGCCGAUGCCUUCAUGAUCUUUCCAAUGCUGCUGCGAGCCAAGAGUCGCGGCCGCAUUAGGCUCAAGAGUCGCAAUCCGCUGCAGCAUCCACUGAUCGAUGCCAACUACUUUGCACAUCCUUAUGAUCUCAACAUAUCAGUUCAAGGCAUACGGCAGGCGAUCAGCCUAAUGGAUCAGCCAGCAUUUCGGGCGAUCAACGCCCGAGUGCUGGAGACGAAGGUGCCCGCCUGCCGCCACCACGGCCACCAGACCGAUGCCUACUGGACGUGCUAUGCGCGCCAUUUCACCUUCACGAUCUACCACUAUUCUGGCACGGCCAAGAUGGGACCGCGCAGCGAUCCCAGCGCCGUGGUGGACGCCCGCCUGCGCGUCCAUGGCAUCAGCAAUCUGCGUGUGGUGGAUGCCAGCAUAAUGCCCUAUCUAGUUGCAGGUCAUCCCAAUGGGCCAGUCUUUUUAAUAGCCGAGAAAGCCGCCGACAUGAUCAAAGAGGAUCACAACUACACCUAGCAACUAAAUAUAUACCAAAGUCUUGCUCGCAGUGCUUGUCCAAGAGACAAAUCAUACAGGAAAUUAGGCCUAGUCUUGGGGAAAUUUGUGAUAUUCGACAAAGAUUGU